ACUCCUCAUCAGCCUUCACGCAUCUAACAAGCUCACCUCCAUUACUUCCUCCAGCCUCUCUCCAUCCUCCUUACCUCUUCUUCCUCGAUCGUCCUUCUCGGCCUCUUCUUGCUCGAUCUCAAGUGUCCGAAACCUCCAAGAAACUCAACCUAGUCGGCCAGGAGAGAGACACCGGAAUUCUAAAUUCCUUCUCAGUUCGCCAUCCACUAACCGAUCGAAGAGGGUGCACUUUUCCUGCCAAUUAUAAUAAGCCCAGCCAAUCCUAUACUAACAAUAGUAGUCACAGCCCAGCUGAAGCAGCACAGCACCAGCUGCAGCUUGCUGCUGGUCAAAGGUCAAGGAGAAGCAAGGCAAGCAAGUGAAGGGAAAGAGGAGGCAUCAUCUACCUACCUAACCUACCUCUCGAUCGAUCGGUGGUGCGCGAGGUCUGCUCUGAUGGAGUUCACCGCAAUCAGGGCCUCCACGGUGGCGGCGGCUGGUGCCGAGCACGGGCAAGACAGGAUCGGCGGCGGAUGCCCGUCGCCGGAUCAGCCGGCGGCCGCGGUGGAGAAGGAGCACAUGUUCGACAAGGUGGUGACGCCGAGCGACGUGGGGAAGCUGAACCGGCUGGUGAUCCCGAAGCAGCACGCGGAGAAGUACUUCCCGCUCGACGCCUCCUCCACCGACAAGGGCCUCCUGCUUAGCUUCGAGGACCGCGCCGGCAAGCCGUGGCGGUUCCGAUACUCCUACUGGAACAGCAGCCAGAGCUACGUCAUGACCAAGGGCUGGAGCCGCUUCGUCAAGGAGAAGCGCCUCGACGCCGGGGACACCGUCUCCUUCGGCCGCGGCGUCGGGGAGGCCGCCAGGGACAGGCUCUUCAUCGACUGGCGCCGCCGCCCCGAUGUCGUCGCCGCGCCGUUGCUCGCGCACCACCACCGCGGCCACUUCGCCAUCCCCUCCAUGCCCUUCGCGCCGUGGACCACGCACCACCCUGUUGGAGGAGGCAGGAUGUUCAUGCCGGCGCCUUCGCCAGUGUCCGUCUACGAGUACGACGGCCACCACCACCACACCCGGAGACACGUCGGGUACGAUGGUUACGAGGCGGCGUCCGGCAGGCAGGUGCUGUUCUACCGGCCGCAGCAGCAAUACCACCACCACCAGUCGGUGGUCCUGGAGUCAGUUCCGGUUCGCCUGGCGGUAGCUCCGGGGCAUCCGGAGCCGUCGGUGGCGACGUCAGGGUCGAAGCGGGUCAGGCUCUUCGGGGUGAACCUCGAGUGCGCGACGAGCACCACCGAGGACGAUUUCGGAGGCCCCGGGAGGAUGGCGCCGCCGUCGCUGCAGCUGCUGUCUCCGGCGUCCUCGUCGUCGUCGUCGUCCGGGAAAGCGAGGUGCUCUUUGAAUCUUGACUUGUGAAGCGCUAAAAAGUGGACGGUGGUACACUACGACCCACCACUACUGCUGCUACUCCAAUUCUGACAGAAACGGAACCGCCGCCGUUCUUGUGGUCGAGACUCGAGAGGCCGGCAGGAGAAGUAAACAACAGCGGCGCGCGACGGCGGCCGCCGGUGCAUGCGUGGACAUUGGAGUACUCAUCUAGCUUCUUCCUAAUCUCUCUUCGUAUAUAGCUCAUGAUAUCUCUUUAAUUAGCCAGUGCAGUGUGAGAAGAAACACGAAAAGAACAAAGCAGCAGCAACCAAAAAAAUAUUCUUUCUAGCUUGAUGCAUAAUUUCUUGCUUCGAUUUGGUCUGAUUUUCCA